GUUUGUCAAUAAUUUGCAUAAUUAUGUGCCACUUCCUGUUGCUAUAGUUACAGCAAGUCAAAACACGACGACGUCAUGCCAUAGCUUUUCUUUUGCCUACAGUUCAGUCGCCCACAGGUAGUAUCCAAAAUGUCAGCAGCUCCUGAUCGGAGGGUAAUAUUUGGCAGCUGUCAGGAGAGGAGACUCUUUCCUCUUAAUUACGCACCAGACCGGCUGGGAAACCAAAUGACACGAGAGGAAGCGCCACAUGUCGGCCCUGGCUGCUAUGACAACCACGAGUUUGGCACCAUAGUUUAUGACUUACAGAGGACUCCGGGGAGUAAGAAAGGAUAUGGUCUCUCUGCGAGGACUGCAGCUCGCUUUCCCCAAGGUAGCAAGACAGCAACCCCUUCCCCACAGCAGUACCAGCAGGAUCAAAGCCAGUCCAGAGUCCCCCCUCCUGCGAAAACACCUUUUAACUCAACCACACAGAGGUUCAGAAGCAAGUCAUGUAUAACUGAGGACAGCCCAGGCCCGGGGACAUACACUCAUGAUGCAGUGACAAACAGGAAAGUGAGUUGGCCAAUGUGCUUUGGGAGGCCAGACUGGUCCAGACUGCCUCAGCUGGAGAAGAAGUCACUCAGGGUGAAGCUACACAGUGAAAAGGAGUUCCUGAAGCACAGGAGCAGAGUGGCUUACCUGAGUUUGUACUAUUAACUCUAAAGCUGAUGGACAAAAACCCAUCAUGACACUGAUGGUGCCUUUAUCAUAUUUUCCUGAACUUCUGCCGUCAAUAAAACAACAAAAACAUUUCGGUUGUAAUAAAAAGAAAAAAAA